GAUCCCACGCCCGACGCACGCACGCCACUCGACCGGCUAGAGACGGUGUCCAUUGUCAACGGCUUCCACAGCGCCGUGAGGUAAAACCUUCACCACACGGAUCCUAUGACGGCUAGCACAGCUGGUAAACCGUAGCUGGCGGUGGUGCCGCUCGCCGCUUCUCACCACAAUUCAUUUCACCUUUUGCGCGCCAAUACACAAGUGGCUUGUGCCUCGGUGAAGUUUGACAAGAAAAAAUGGCGCCGACCUACCGAUUUCCACUUCAAUAUGCACUUUGUGUACUUCUAAUUGCAACGGUAUCGGCUUCGACAACCUAUGAGGGCUACGGCACGGUCUACACGCUCAGCUCACCUUCCAGUGGCAAUUGCAACUUCAUGAACUGGCCGGAAGCUGCCGUCACCAAGUACGCUGCACUCAACGCUGAACAAUGGGAGGAAACCAUGAACUGCGGCCGAUGCGCCGAAGUCUCGUGCACCGACGCGUCGUGUUCGGGUCAGUCCGAGAUCGUGUACAUCAUGGACCAGUGUCCGGGUUGUGCGUACGGCGACCUGGACCUGUCUCCGGACGUGUUCGAGAGCAUCACGGGUCAGUCGUACACGAAGCUGAGCAUCGAGUGGAAGUUCGUGGAUUGUCCGAUCUCGAACAACGUGCAGUACUGCUUGAAGACAGGCAGCAGUGAGUUUUGGGUGGCGGUGCAGCCUGCGAACUGCGUGUCGGGCGUGCAGAGUCUGUCUAUCAACGGCCAAGAGACUUCUGUGAUCGACUCUGCGUACUACUUUUUGAUCGACGGCAGUGGCGAGAGCGUGGCGGAUCUGAACUCAAUAAGCAUCUCGAUCAAAGGUGUGAACGGUGAGGUGCUGGAGGAGACGCUGUCCUUAUCAGCCGACGAGUGUACCGAAGGGAGCAAGCAGUUCUCGUCCAGUAGCGACGCUUCUCAAACGACAAUCACCACGACAAAGAUUUCGACAACCGCAGCACCGACAACUACCCCGACGCCAACUACCGCCGCUCCAACAACAGCGCCAACAACCGAACCUCCCACCACGGCACCAACGGCACCCCCUAUGACUGAAGCACCAACCAUAGCUCCAGUCACAACCGCACCUCCAACCGAAGCUCCAAUAGCUCCGGUCACUGAGGCCCCGACCACGGCCCCACCGACGGCUCCACCAUCGACGGCCCCUGUGACUGAGGCACCAACCACAGCUCCAGUCACAAGCGCACCUCCAACCGAGGCCCCCAGUACGGCUCCACCGACCACGGCACCCGUCACUGAAGCGCCAAAAACAACCCUGGUGACGACCGCCCCAUUGACGGAAUACCCCACCUUACAACCAACCAAUGCACCAACAGCUACACCAACUCCGACUCCUACCUCGACACCAAACCAGACAGUCUUAGUGGUUCAGUCUGUGUCUUCCAGUUCCGAUUCGGCGGACCGUGAUGCCACUACGUCAAUCACGGCGACGGUGUCGACCAAUGCAACUUCGAGCAACAUUGAGGAUAAUUCUGCGAGCGCGUCGGUGUCAAGUGAGCAGUUGGAUACUUCCACGCAUCAAGUUGCAUCAUCAACGCCGGCGCCGACGCCCGGUUUAGCGCCUUCUGCUACUGAGGCUUCCGUUCGGGAAGAAGCGAGUAGUAGUAGCGGUCUCCACUCGACAGCAGCAAUCGUCGGUCUCAUUGCUGCGAUCUGUGUCGCUUUGGGGGCAGUUGUUGGCGUGGCGAUGGUUGUCCAUAAGAAACGUAAACUGCUUGAAGAGCACAAGAACAUGGAUGACCGGAUAUCGGGCGACUCACUCGCGUCGUAUACCAGCAUCCGCACCCCGAGAUCCGAAGUUCCUGUGUUGCGUUCUGCUGUGUAAAUGGAUACCCCAAUAGCAUGGAGAAUAUAACCAAGCCCACCACAUGUAUGGAUAGCGUCGUAGUUAGCAAUUCAUUAAAAUGUCUGAUAAUGUGACCAAAGUGAUCUUCAAAAUAUUACUGUAGCAAUAAAUAAUAAUACAAAAAAACUGCACGAUA